AUCUGGUGUGCCUCGUGGAACUUGUUAUGGCAGCUGCUGAAACGUCAUGAGCUUAACACAACUUCCCACUUCCUGCUUCUUAGACCUGUAAACAUUUAAAUAGUAACGGAGGAGCAUGCACCUUAACAUAAGAUCAGUAGCGACGCGUCAACUAUUCAGCGAAAAACGUUGUGAACAGAUUCCACAUGACCUUAGCAUUAGAUGACUGGCUGGCUAGCUGGCGAAAGCCGGAGAUGUCAGAGACGCAGUGGGGAAGCGAGUCUGCGUUCAGAAGAAGCUUGAGGCAGUUCAGGGAGAAAUACUUUCUGCUUUCCCGAAACGCCGCGAGUGCAGGCACCGGGGGACAGGACGAGGAUGCCGCGCCUGGAGUUUUGGAGAGUUUACCAGCAGACAUUCAGUUUCACCUCAUGAAGCUCCUGUCUCCCCGAGACUUGUGUCGACUUGGGGGCACUUGUCGGUACUGGAGGUCAGUGGUUCGAGAUCCUCUUCUGUGGAGAUACUUCUUCGUCCGGGACAUGCCGCUCUGGUCUUCCAUUGACCACACCUCCAUGCCGUGCGUGGAGGCGCUGGACGUGCCCCUGCACGAAGAUCCCGACCACGACUUCAUGGCGGAGUACCUCAGGAGCAGCCCGGCGUGCAGGCGGCCGUGCCGACCCCCGAGGCAGGGCCACGGGGCGGUGGCCUCCUUCCUGCAGUCCCUCUACCUGUCGGCGGAGCCCCGCCUCCUCAUGUUCGGGCCCGGCCUGGAGCAGCUGGAGGUCUCGCUGAUGAACGUGCUGAUGCGCUCCCCGCACGUGCUGCCGGUGGCGGGAAUACCACGGCGGCAGAUCAACGGUGUUGGGUCUGGAGUUAGCUUCAUGUUCCGUGAUCAGCAUAAAUUCAACAUUUUGGUCCUGUACUCAAACAACAGUGCAGAGCGGGAGAGGGCCCGCCUGGAGCGGCAGAACGUGCACAGCAGGCUAUUCGUCCAGGAGGGUGACGGACAGACGGACAGCCCCGCUUUCAGCAUCGCCCCCUUUGUCCAGGAGGUGUGUCGCGCCGUCGACGGGUUCAUCUACGUGGCCAAUGCGGAAGCUGCGAUGGCUGGAGGGCUCGAGGUGGAACGGGCACAGUUCCGGGCCAUGCUGGACCCGUCCUGGGGCCAAUCGAGCCGGCCGGUCCUGGUGCUGUCCUGUGUGUCCAGGGAGGCGCCAGGCGGUACCAGAACCAGGACCCCCUGCGUUGUUCUGGCCCAUCAGCUGGACCUGCAGCAGCUGCAGAACCCCUGGAUGGUCCAGGACGUGGUGUGCGAGUCGCUCGCCGGGGUCACCGACGGCAUCGGGUGGCUGCUGGGCGCGUGCGGGCUGAGGCUGUAACCACGGCGACCACGGCUCCCAACGGAGGCUCCGAAGUUUAGCCCACUCGCGGCAAAAAUAACCGAACGGCGCCGGUAUUAAUGUGCUUUAUCCAGGGAAUACGUUUUAAAAAACAGGCCUGUAUGAAGGGGUGGAUCCACUCAUUCUGAGACGGCCCCUAAUUACCCCACAGCUGCCAUCACCUGACAGGUGCUGUGAUUUAUGCAAGGUAAAAAAAAAUAACAAUAAUAAAAAUAAAUAAAAUAUUCAGCUGCUGCCUGGGUUAACGCAACAGAGGUGUUUCACCCCCCUCCCUUUUUUUAAGAUUCUGGGUUCACAGAAAUUUGAAUAUCCUGAUUUGUUCUCUAGAAAAGCCUGCACUUGGAUGGAAAUGAAGUGGCUUAAGAAAUUACUUUUAAAUAAAAAGUUUGGAGUUUGGAUUUUUUUUGUAAAAACCCUUGUGACUUUUGAAUGGAAAACGUUUUUUUUUUAAAUGGAACUAUUUCCCCCCAGUUUCCCAGUGACAUGCGUAGUGGAAUAUAUAUUUGCAUUUGUGUAAAUAAUAGAAAGUGAACAUUUUAAUUGUACGUCUGUAUGAAUUACUUGUUCUUCAGGACAAAUAAACUUGCUGAAUUUUGUGUAAAAAUGGGGCGAGUUCAGUGACCGUAUGGUCUCCCGGUUUAUUGCAACAGGGAUGAUGUUCGAUGAAGUCCAAAGAUUAAAGUUUCUGUGCACGUAACAUCA